AACAUGAGCUGUCAAUAUAUAUAUAUAUAUAAGAACUCACUGACGUAUCCUGUGCAACUUGUUUCUUGUGAAUGCAGAGCAACUGAGCAGGGAAAGACGGAAGGUUAGCGUGGAUAGCUUUUCAGAUUCAUAACCAGAGAGAGAAGAAGAGGGGAAGGAGAAAAAAAGGAUCUUUUUUUUUGGUAGACAGAGUAGACAUGGGUAGGCUCUUCGUGGUCAGUCUAGAAGGCAAGAUCUAUAGCUGCAAGCACUGCCAAACCCAUCUCGCUUUAUAUGAAGACAUUGUUUCCAAGUCUUUCCACUGCAGGCAUGGGAAGGCUUAUCUCUUCAGUAAGGUCGUGAAUAUCUCAGUCGGGGAGAAAGAAGAGCGGUUGAUGAUGACUGGAAUGCACACUGUUGCUGACAUUUUCUGUGUAGGAUGUGGGUCAAUCGUCGGAUGGAAAUAUGAGGCUGCACAUGAGAAGAGCCAGAAGUACAAGGAAGGAAAAUUCAUCCUUGAGAGGUUUAAGGUGUCAGGCCCUGAUGGAAGCCACUACUGGGCCAGUCAUGAAGCUCAAGUUGUUGGAAGUGAUGCUGAUGAUGCUUGAUUGCCACCUCUGAUCCAGCCAAAUCCUUAACCCGUUCAACUGUAUAUUCUUGAUCCCAUUGUUCUCAACUUGAAUGGAUCUUCAAUUGGAUUAUUUCUGAUAUUGCAGUCACCCCAAUUCUCUGAAGAUGCAGAUUCUAUUCUGUUGUUCGUUCAUGAUUGUUAUUCUUUCAUUUGAAUAGUGCAUUGGAUAUUUGGAUGUGGUGUUAAAAUCACUACAUGCUAGGUGCA